AUCAUGUUCUAUGAGGAACUUCCCGAAUGACCAACGAUAAGAAGGCGGAGUCCAUGUUGUGCGAUGACCAAAGCGUUCGAUGAGAGGAGAGAAUCCCCGGGGCUUUUGCGAGCAGAAUAAAAGCCUCGCUUGUUUCUCGUUCUCUUCCCUACACAUUUUCUCAUCUGCUUGCAAUAGCAUGAUACAUUUUUUCAUCGACAGUAAACUUUUCCACUUCUACACAGCUUCUUCAGACCAUCUCCAAAUCGUCAAGAAUGCUCUUUCAGGAAAUCCUGGAAGACGACUCGUUCCCGCUGGACGGCUUCCUCAAUCUCGCUGCUCCGGCGGCCGAGCAGGAAGAAUCGCUGGCAACCAGCACCUCAACUACCUGCCAUGAAGACGACGACAUUCACUCUCGUGCCGACUUCCUCGAACAAGGGGAAAUCUUCGAUUUUGACGAAUUCGUAAAGGCCAAAGGAAUCGUCCUCAAACGAGGCCGCUCGCAAUCGACUCAAGGCUCGUCAUCUUCAAGUGCCGCUGCGACCAGCCAUGGCUCGGCACUCUCAACCUUUACUUCCGCGGCAGCAUCCUUUGCGUUACCUCUCAGUGUGCCUCCGGCUGCGCCUGCGAACUCCACUCAAUUCAUACCCUUCAUGGAGCCGAGUUUCACAGGAUUCAUGAACUCAGUCGCACGUCAGGAACCGGCGUUGCCGUUCUCCGCCUCGCCUGACGCAAUCAUAAACGCUAGACACCUCCCCCAGUACGCCACGGCGGCGGACCCAUACCAGGGUCCGUCCGCUGUCGGUGCUACUGCGUUACAGCCUCCAAGGUCAGAAGUGCCAGCCUGUCCCGUACACACGAUAGGCCGACAAGUUCCUCAAGGCCUGCUCGGAAGUCGCGCACAUGGCAGUACGCCUUACCAUCGGCCAACAACCAUUCGUUCCGGCCCUGACUCGUCAGUGGGGAGGCAAACGGGCCGCCCGCUUCACGCCCAGCCACGUAGCACCCAGCCUACAUCUACCGACUCGUCAGUGAUGAGGCAGCCGGGUCACUCACAUCAUGCCGAGCCACGUAACACUCGGCCUACAUCUACCGACUCGUUAGUGGUGAGGCAAACACACCGUCUACUUCAUGCCCAGCCACGCAACAGCCGACCUACAUCUACCGGCACGACAGGCUUGCAGGCCCUUUGUGGGCCUCAUCGGGAGGCAUCGACGCUCCGCACCCUGCCUCGCACCACAGCUGUCUUAACGUAUGCAAUGCCAACUAUGCCGGCCUCUUCCGGCUCUCGCCGAGACGUAUCUGCGAGUGGCCCUCAAUCGCGCGCUCCCCGCUCUACAUCAACCAUCACGACGGUAGCGCAUGCUGCUCGACCUCCUUCUGGUCGUCGACAAGCGGUGAGGGAUUCGUCCGGAAAACGACCAGUUGGAGGAAUCCUGGCAGCGACACCUUUCCAGAAUUAUGUCAUGGCCGGAGGUGACCCUCAAUACUUUCACAUCUACUGGGCCAAUGCGCUCGAAUUGCAGCAGCAACAAUUUCAAGCGCGACCGUCGCAUCCACCUCCGAUGAGAGCGAGUGUCCCAGCUCCCGCCCAAGCACAUAUUCCUACGCGUACGGUGCACAGCAUUUCCGCUGCUCGCCUGGAUGUUGACGCCCAAACGUACUACACAUUUCCGACUUUCGGGCGAGGAUCGUCCAACGCUUCGUCUACCAGCCCCGAAGACGCAGCCAGAAAGCGCAAACGCCCGGCUUCGGGGGCAAUGGAGGAGCCACGCUUGCCAAUCUCAGCCAACCCGGUUCCGCUAGCUACCAGAACACCUAAACGCGCACGCACACUCGUGCCGUCCUCGGAAGCAGGCCCGUCUGGAUCGUCCUUGACAACCGUCAGUCAAAAAGGGCGGCGACUCCCGCAGGUUCCUCACGCUUGCGUUCCUUGCCGAACCCAUCACUUCAAAUGCAAUGUGGAGCGCCCAUGUGAGACAUGCUCGGAGCAUGGAUGGGCGGCCUUCUGUUUUGACCUGCCGCACAAGCGACGCGGUCGCCCCCGCAACUCUAAGACGAAGACCAAGACAGCAGGGGCCCUUCCUCCACCUUCCCCACCUCCUCCGCCCGGUGCCUCUGGUUUUAUCUGUGUGUAAAGACCUGUACUAGAUAUAGUAGGGAGUCUUUCGGUUCAUUUUGCUCGAAAAGUUUUCGUCGCUGUAUGCACACUGAAGUUCAAUAGUAUUAACGG